CAAACAUUCAUGUGGUGCCCAACACCCUCAUGAUUGUUGGUCUGGCUUCUUUGGGUAUCAACUACUUUGCUUCAAAGAUCUGUCAGGAUGCUCUGGAUGCUGGCCAAUUUCCUCGCUGGAAGAACUUCCUGAAGCCAUAUUUUGCCAUCUCUUCUUUCUUCACUGUCCUCAUGCUGCUCGCAGUCAUCAUGAGCUUUGCAAUGACAGGCAGUCUGGAGUUUUCCCUGAAGGUUGGCCUGAGGAAUGGCAUCCGUUUCUACAAGGAUACAGACACCCCAGGCCGCUGUUUCCAGAAACAGAACAUUGACUACCUGCAGAUGGCUUUUGAGUGCUGUGGAAACAACGACUUCAGGGACUGGUUUGAAGUCCAAUGGAUCAGCAACAGAUACCUUGAUUUCAACUCUAAGGAAGUGAAAGACCGCAUCAAAAGCAAUGUGGACGGCCGUUACUUGGUCGAUGGAGUCCCAUUUAGUUGCUGCAACCCUACCUCUCCACGGCCUUGCAUCCAGUAUCAGCUCACCAACAACACUGCUCACUAUAACUAUGACUACCAAACUGAAGAGCUCAACAUCUACCUCCGAGGCUGCAGAGAGGCCCUGGUCAACUACUACAUGGGACUGAUGAAUACCAUUGGUACUGCAGUGCUGUCAGUCUUCCUCUUACAGGGAUCUGUGCUGGUCAGCUUGCGGUUCCUGCAGACCUCAAUGGAGGCAGUGGCAGGGCAGGAAAACACUGAGAUUGAGACAGAGGGCUACUUGCUGGAGAAAGGAGUAAAAGAAACCGUCAUGGAGUUUGUCGACCCUUUAAUGAAGUUCCUCCUGUUCACAAACAAGGUGGAAGAGGGCGAAUCGACCAGCGCAGCUACAACCUAAACCACAAAUGAUGUAGUCACAGAGAGGGAAAUGAAUAAGGAUUUUAAAAGUUUUAUAAUAAUGAAAGCGUCCAUGAUUUUGAAAGACUAAGGGGAAGCAUUUUCUAUUUUCAGAUGACCACCACUGGUCAAAUUAUUGUAUAUUUUGUAGUUUCACAUUCAGAUUAC